GGAGAAGGUUCCCUUCAACACUAUUGUCCUCGGUCUGUGUGCUGACGUUGCGCAAUGAUCAGCGGGAAGCAUGGGAUGAGGCACCAGUCAUAUAUAGCUCUCCAGUCGUCCGACUGCUUGGUUCGCAACACCUUCACCGCUUGAGAAGCGUCGACAAGGUAUUCUCGACUCAUUCAGACAUCUCACUGGUAAUAUCAUUGACAUAUCAGUAUGAGCGAAGAAGAAAGGAAACCGGACGUGCAAUCCACCCCUCCCAAGAAGCGUAAACAACCUGCCGGCAAUACCGACUCUCCUUCCCCUUCGAAACAUAGAAAGACCCACGGGACCGGUCAACUGCCUCCACCAGGUUUCACCGGUACCGUGCUCCCUGCGAACCAUCCCACGGUUAUCUACGAGAUCCUGGAAAGGGCCAUCGAGGAAGCUACCCCGGAACAUAGGAAGAUCGUCGCUGAGAGGUAUGGGAUCGAGGCGAAGACGUUACAUUAUGCUUGGAGGACUAUUAAGAAGAACGCUCUGAACGCGUUUAAAGGGGGGCUUUAG